AUUAUUACUGCUUAACUACAUUCUGUAUUUUAUAUUUAUCCGGAUCACAUUCGUGGUUUUAAAGUUGUUUAAAAAAAUUAAACAGGUCACCUUUUACGCGCAGAACUUUUUAUUGUUUCAACAUCAUUUAAAAACAAUUAACAUUGACAUUGACUUACUAUACAAUAUGUUAUUUAAUAUUAGCCAUUUCAUAAAUAAGAGUGCAUUAUUUUUGAGUAAAAAUACUAGUUUCUCUUUUCCGAAAUCUUCUGAAUGCUGACUUACCUUGAACUAAGGCAGGUUGCACAUGACAAUUAAACCUUUUUUUAUUUUUUUAGGCAAGCAUUUAGCUUUUUUUUUCGCUUCGUCAUCUCAGCACAAGUACAUUUUUUUGCAGCGCAAAGUCCACAAUCAGUUCAGAGUUGUCACAGAUAUCCACUUCAGAGCCGAAUCCAUUAAUGACCAUUAUUUAUCCACGACUCUCUUCAUGCAGUUUUUCGUGUCGGCAAACCCCAGUACGACUUGCUGCGAUUCGAUUUCCAGGUCGGUAUCUGACGGGACAGGCAGCUCUCAGACCGCCGCAGCCGCAGCCGCCGCCUCCUUCUGCUGCCCCUCCUACGAGAACCGGCUCCUGGCGAGCAGCCGGACGGAGCUGAACGCAGCGCUGGGGAUGUACGGCUCUCCUUACGCCGCUGCGGCCGCAGCCAGCCAGAACUACGCCAACUACUUCCCCUACAGCACCGACCCAUCCGCUAUCUACUCCACUCUGAAUCCACAAUAUGACAUUAAGGACAGCACAGGCACUUUACACUCUGGCAUUACUCAAACUGCUGCUUACUAUCCUUACGAUCACUCACUGGGACAGUAUCAAUAUGACAGAUAUGGGACGGUGGACUUUAAUGGCACAGCUCGCAGAAAGAAUGCCACGCGUGAAACCACCAGCACGCUAAAAACAUGGCUGUAUGAGCACCGCAAGAACCCCUACCCGACUAAGGGAGAGAAGAUCAUGCUGGCCAUCAUCACCAAGAUGACCCUCACCCAGGUGUCCACGUGGUUCGCCAAUGCCAGGAGACGGCUAAAGAAGGAGAACAAGAUGACCUGGUCACCAAAGAAUAAGGCUAACGAUGACAGAAAGGAGGACUUUAAUAAGAGUGACCAGGACUGUGUCACCAAAGAUUCCAGUGAUUGCAAGGAAGAGAAAGAGUUGCACCUGAGUGACCUGGAGGACAUGGAUGAGGACGACUGUGACAAGCUGGACAGCGACUGUGAAAAGGUGGCAGCAGAUGAGCAGGACCUCCAGAGAUCCAUGGUUGCAUCUGGAGCUCCCCUGAAAAGAGACUGCAGCUCUGACCUUCACUUGAGCUUAACAAACAGCUUCCACACUUUCCCCUGCAGCAUCAAAGGUGUCACCGCCCUCCCGCAUCUCCCAUCGGAUUUCAUAGAUCCAAUUGUGUCCAAGGCGGGUCCUGCAAGUGUCCCAUUAGCAGGAGCGGUGUCCCUGUCUCAUUUUGAAUCAUCAGAAAAGCCACGCAUUUGGUCGUUGGCUCGUACCGCAGCUUCAGGGGUUAUAUUAAAUCCUCAGCAGCAUGGUUCGGAGCUAAAGACAGGAAGCCUAACUGGGGACUGUCAACUACAGAGCAGCAGACUUCCCAGGGCUCCUACUGGACAAUGUGGAGCCACAAGAGGCCUGCUUGAGUCUAACAGUGUCACAAAUUCAGAAAGCUCUUUCCCUGAGGGCUCAUCCUUGCACUCAAAAGUUUACGGCACAGGCAGCUAUAGCCACAAAGGCCUCCAACUUCACAGCUCAUCCUAUGCUGCCCUUCCAGAUACCUGUCAGUACACAGCAAUCGAAGGAUUCUCCAGUGGCAAGGUAGAGAAUCAGUCAUCUGACCUCAGCGAAGCCUGUGGGACUGUGCAGAACGACAAGGUCACUGCAUUCAGACCAGUCAUGAAGAGGUGAAGCAGAUUUCUGGGGCUUGUCUAACAACAGCUAAAUGGGACAUUUAUUAUGCACUAAAAGACACACUGACCAUGUGGCGGCUGACUGUGAGCUGCCUGGUUCUGUUGCAGUGAGAACUAUCAAACUGUGGACUCGACUAUCAUUUUUGCACAACAUUGUUUUUUUAUGGCGAUAAAAAGAUUUUAUGCAAAAAAUAUUUCUAGAU